AUGGCCCGCCUGACGGAGAGCGAGGCGCGCCGGCAGCAGCAGCAGCUCCUGCAGACGCGGCCCUCGCCCGUGGGCAGCAGCGGGCCCGAGCCCCCCGGGGGGCAGCCCGACGGCAUGAAGGACCUGGACGCCAUCAAGCUCUUCGUGGGCCAGAUCCCGCGCAACCUGGACGAGAAGGACCUCAAGCCGCUCUUCGAGCAGUUCGGCCGCAUCUACGAGCUCACGGUGCUCAAAGACCCCUACACGGGCAUGCACAAAGGCUGUGCCUUUCUCACCUAUUGUGCCAGGGACUCUGCCAUCAAAGCUCAGACUGCCCUGCACGAACAGAAGACCUUGCCCGGGAUGGCGCGGCCAAUCCAAGUGAAGCCGGCGGACAGCGAAAGCCGCGGAGGUAGAGACCGGAAGCUGUUUGUGGGGAUGCUGAAUAAGCAGCAGUCGGAGGAGGACGUGCUGCGGCUGUUCCAGCCCUUUGGGGUCAUCGACGAAUGCACCGUGCUGCGCGGGCCUGAUGGCAGCAGCAAAGGCUGUGCCUUUGUGAAGUUCUCCUCCCACACCGAGGCCCAGGCGGCCAUCCAUGCCCUGCACGGCAGCCAGACCAUGCCGGGUGCCUCCUCCAGCCUGGUGGUCAAGUUUGCCGACACCGACAAGGAGCGAACACUGCGGCGCAUGCAGCAGAUGGUGGGCCAGCUGGGCAUCCUGACGCCAUCCCUCACCCUGCCCUUCAGCCCCUACAGUGCCUACGCCCAGGCUCUCAUGCAGCAGCAGACAACGGUCCUGUCCACGUCGGGCAGCUACCUGAGCCCUGGCGUGGCCUUCUCACCCUGCCACAUCCAGCAGAUUGGCGCCGUCAGCCUUAACGGGCUGCCUGCCACGCCCAUCGCCCCUGCCUCUGGACUGCACUCACCCCCCCUGCUUGGCACCACUGCCGUGCCCGGACUUGUGGCUCCUAUCACCAAUGGCUUCGCAGGUGUCGUGCCCUUCCCUGGGGGGCACCCUGCCCUAGAGACUGUGUAUGCCAAUGGCCUUGUGCCCUACCCAGCUCAGAGCCCGACCGUAGCCGAGACCCUCCAUCCCGCCUUCUCCGGAGUCCAGCAGUACACAGCCAUGUACCCCACCGCGGCCAUCACGCCCAUCGCGCACAGCGUCCCCCAGCCGCCGCCCCUCCUGCAGCAGCAGCAGCGAGAAGGUCCCGAAGGCUGUAACCUGUUUAUCUACCACCUCCCCCAGGAGUUUGGAGACACGGAGCUGACGCAGAUGUUCCUGCCCUUCGGCAAUAUCAUCUCCUCCAAGGUGUUUAUGGAUCGGGCCACCAACCAGAGCAAAUGUUUUGGCUUCGUGAGCUUUGACAACCCGGCCAGCGCGCAGACGGCCAUCCAGGCCAUGAACGGCUUUCAGAUCGGCAUGAAGAGGCUCAAAGUGCAGCUGAAGCGGCCCAAAGACCCGGGACACCCCUACUGA